AUGGGUCUAGCUGAGCCGAGAAAGAGGCAGAAACUGUCCCAUGAUCCCCGGAACCUAGCAUGGUCGUCCCAGUCCUCUGAGACCUCCUAUGGCCACCGCCUUAUGACCCAGCAGGGGUGGUCGCAAGGGCAGGCACUCGGCAAACGCACCACCACCUCCCGAUUUGGUGUUCCUAGCGACGCAGAACGCCUCGCCUCUGCACAUGUGGGAGUGCUCUUUAAAGAUGACAAUCUAGGUCUGGGUGCAAGGAGGAAAGGCGGGAAGGAAGCCGUUGAGAACCAGAAGGUUGGGCUGGAUGCAUUCCAGGGCCUCUUAGGUCGAUUGAAUGGCAAGAGUGAGGAGGUACUGAAACAAGAGGAGAAGAAGGUGGAAGACAGAAAGUUAGCAAUGUAUACCCGAGGGAGAUGGGGUGGCAUGAUCUUUGUUAGGGGUGGAGUUUUGGUCGGAACUCUUGACAAGAAGGAGCAAUUGGAAAACACAGAGUCUGCCACUUUGGUCGAGAACGAUCAACCCCCGCCUCAAUUAUCAUCGCAAGACCAAGAAGAAGCUAAAAGAAAAGAGCGUGAAGAGCGACGGAAACUAAAGGAAGAAAAAAGACAGCGGAAGGAGGCGAGGCGGAUACGGCGAGAAGAGAAGGCUCGGAGAAGAGCUGCAAAGAAAGCCGGGGACGAUGCUCCAGGGCUCACGGUCCAUAAGUCUCCUUUGACUCAGCCUCCAGAUGAACCUGUGUCGUCUGCCGUAUCAGACAACGAAUCCGAGGCAGGCCAAAGUUCAGGCAAGCGCGAUGAGCGACGAAAGCACAAAUCUUCAAGGGAUGUUGCGGACGCCCCAGAGAAGUCGCCCGUGUCGACUUUGAAGGUCGUACCCAACAAACCGAGCAUCACUGUUAUGCAAACUGGCCGACAUCUGCUUAGAGGGCGGAACAUCCAGGCCAAGAAGAUGGUAUUGGCCGAUGUGAAGGGCCUGGACGAGAUUUUUAUGAGAUGA